GGAGCACAGUAGACAGGACAGCAUUGGCUGUUGUAUUCUUUCUACUUUUUUUUUUCAUGACGUUCCGAAACUGCACAGAGAUUUGGAAUAUUACAUUACAGCCUUGCAGAGCGAAAGAUGGCGACUGUCAUUCAUAAUCCAUUAAAAUCGCUGGGUGACCAGUUCUAUAAAGAGGCCAUUGAACACUGUCGCAGCUACAACGCCCGCCUCUGUGCUGAGCGCAGCGUGCGAAUGCCCUUCUUGGACUCGCAAACUGGCGUGGCACAGAACAACUGCUACAUCUGGAUGGAAAAGCGCCACCGCCGACCAGGCCAGGCGGCGGGGCAGAUGUAUACGUACCCCGCUCGUUGCUGGAGGAAAAAGAGGCGACUCCACCCACCCCUGGAUCCCCAGCUCCGCCUGUGUGAGCUCCGGCUAGAAGCUGAUCUGGCGCCCAAACGCGAGGGGCCUCCGGGGGAGGCCACCGCCUUGGAGGCACUGUUGAGGGGGGACAACGCUUUGGAGAAAAAAAACAACGUCAGUAAAGAUGAGGAGACGCUUCUGGAAAUACAGAGAGUUCUGGAGGCAGAGGAAAACGGGGACAGUUUCCACGAAGAUGAAGAGUUUGAAGCAGAUACGCCAAAGAAAAAGAACAGGAAUAGAGGCAAAAGCAGAGGAUCAACUCGCAGAAGGACAGAGUCUGUUAAUGCAGAAGACCUGGAUAAACCUUACAUCUGUGACAAUAGGUACAAACAAAAGCAUAACUCAAAAAAGGCUGAAGAAGUCUGUGGGAAGCGCUACAAGAACCGUCCGGGCCUGAGCUACCACUACACCCACACUCACCUGGCCGAGGAGGAAGGAGAAGAGGAGAAGGACGCAGAGACGGCUCCGCCGUCGCCUCACAGCUCGGACAACCACAAACCUCAGAAGGGCUCUGAUGGAAGCAUCAUUCCCAACGACUACUGUGACUUCUGCUUGGGAGACCAGGACGCCAACAGGAAAACGGGGCAGGCAGAGGAGCUGGUGUCCUGCUCCGACUGCGGUCGCUCUGGUCACCCCACAUGUCUGCAGUUCACAGAAAACAUGAUGCAGGCGGUCAGGACGUAUCAGUGGCAGUGCAUCGAGUGCAAGUCCUGCAGUCUGUGCGGAACCUCCGAGAACGAUGACCAGUUGCUGUUCUGCGAUGACUGUGAUCGGGGAUAUCACAUGUACUGCCUGAAGCCUCCGAUGACCCAACCUCCUGAAGGGAGCUGGAGCUGUCACCUGUGUCUGGACCUGUUAAAAGACAAGGCCUCGGCUCACAUAGAAGCAUAAUAGAAACCAUCGGAUUAUUCACAUACACACAGCACCAUGGAAAAGCAAUGCUACCCUUAGAAAACCUUGAAAAGUGUGGCAUGCCCCAAAUCCAAACUUUAGUUUGACUCUUUUCACUUUUUGGUUAGCCAACUCCACACUCAAGUCUUUUGAUGACACCAUUCGUCUGUGGCAUCUUCUGGUGGCUUUUCUACCAACAAAUUUAACAUUCUCGCCUCUAGGUGGGCAGCCCUCAGCACCGCCAUUGCCGACUGGUUAUGUUUUUGUGAUCUUUUUCUAUCUCGACCUUAUUGAUAUUUAAAAGGUAGCUGACUUUGGAAGGAGAAUCUGCUGCACUGGAUUUUAUUUAGCAAUAUCAAAGUAAAGGGGGUUUGAUAAUACAAAUGCAUUCCACACAAUACAACCUUUUAUUUUGAAAAAACAAACAAACAACACAUUUGCUUUUCCUCCCACUGCAUUUAUGCACUACUGUGUGUUGGCCAAUCAAAAAAAAAAAAAAAAAGACUUUAAGUGAGGCCAUUACUUUGGCCUGAUGUGGAAACCUUUAUGCCAUUUUUUCAAACUUUCUAGACAGAAUUUAAAACCCACACAGAGAUCGCAAACAGCUCUUGAAAACCCCCCUCAUGCACACAUUCCAGUACAUUAGCAGCUUCCUGUUUAAGAAGACAAAACCUUUUACCUCUCAUGUAGCCAAGCAACACUCAACAGAUGCACAUGUCAUCAGCGUGCAACCUCGACCGCAGGUCAGCGAACAGCAGGUCUACCGUUCAAGCACAUCUCUACCUCACCACCCAGUGGAGCCAAGUCAGAACCGAUAACCCGCUGUUGUGUUUCGGUUUACUUAGGACAUACGUGAUAAGUGUUUAGAAGGUGUCUGCUACGGUGGAUAACUUCUUUUCCUCUGCUGCUCUGUGGUGUCCAGCCAGGAGAAAGCUGAGUUAGUUUGACUGAUUUCUGUUUAAAGUGCUCCCUCCAGCUCCGCUCCGAUGUUUAGACUCUGCAGUGACAUUCCUGGCUUAUAUCUGGGAAGACUCUGCACUAGUCUUCCCAGUUUUUCACCGGGUCGUGUCAAACCUUGGAAAUUUACGUCCAGAGCCAAAAGGAAAUGAAGGGAUUGAAAACGCUUCGACUAUCGUUUGUUUUGUUUCUUUGUAAUCAACGUCUGUCUUCUGUAUCCUUAGAGUUAGUGUUACUUCUGGUGCUCAGCAAACAGAUGAUUUCACCUUUCUUUAUAAUUGUUUAUAUAUUGCUGAUAAUCGCCAAGUCAUGCUGUCAAUGACCUCAUUUACUCUAAGUCACAAAUUCCCAAACUUUUACAGUUCCCAUCUCAACAAAAUACUAUUUAUAACGCAACUGCGUCAUCUUUUACAGAUAAAUUAUACCAUUUUCUCAAUUUAUAAGAAAAUAUUGCUUAGAUUAUGUCCACAGCAUAAAUUAAUAAAGACAAAUUGUAAAUAUGACUCAUCAGCUGUGUCAUCACUAAGUUAAAGCUUUACUCUGUCAAAUCGUUUAAUUUUACAUGUAAUGCUGGAUUCUGUUAAGCCCAAAGAUGACGCCUCCUUCAUUAACGCUAAUUCCCAAUUUUUAUGGUGGGAACCAUAGCGAUACAGCGAACUAAACUCCAGUUCUAAAAAAAUGUGUUCUUCAUUAUAAACUCUCAUAGCAACUGAUAUUUAAGCAAGACUUCUUGGUUAAAAGGAGCAAAAGCUGCUGGAAUAUGAAGCUUAAAAAAACAAAACCUUCAGGCAAUGAUGAAUAGAAAUUAUUCAUCUAUACACAUUUUUUUUUUUUUUAGCAGAAGUAGAAACUCAUGCUGAAAGUUUGGAAAAUAAAAAUCUUGACUUUGAAUAUAUUCAGUCAGAAAAAAGAAAUUAAGAAGUCAUUCUUGUUGACACAAUCAUUGGUGCCACAAUAAUUGGUAUGUCUGUUAUUAGUUUUAUUUUUAUUAUUUUUCACUUGGAAAACCGAAGGCAGCUACAGACAAUGGUUGCUUUAAGCAUUUCUGGGUUUAUUUGUCUACUAUUUAUAUCAUAAUAUCAGUGAAUAUUGAGUUGAGUUUCAGUUCAGACAGAGUCUACCAGAUUUUUUAAAAUAAUAAUCAGGGAAUCAGAGAGUCAGGCCCACAACAUCACAGAUCUUCCACUUUAAUAUGUUUUUUUUUUAAGUGGAUGUAAAAAUAAAAAGUAUUUCCCCAAGAAAGUACUCAUGUAUUUGGUAACACGGCUAUUUAAAUACUGAGUAACUGAUCAUGAGAAAUUAUGACACAAAAAAAACACAUUUCCAAAUAAUCUUUUUUAAAUAUAAAACUUAUUAAGCUAAUGUUUACAGUACAAAAUGUAUAUAUAUGUAAGUACUUCCAGUGACAAUAGUGUUUACUGUAUCUUUUAUAACCUACAAAUGGCACAACAGGCUCAACAGACGGAAAAUAACCUUAAAACAAAGCUUUUGUACAAACAAGAGGUAUCACUUCGACGUCUACCCUAGGUUUGUCUCUGUGUCUCAAAUAUUUUUGGUUGACAUAUGUUUGUUCUUCAUUCUGUGAAGUUACUCACACUGGGUAGAGUAUGCAAAAAUUUUACUCAAGUAAGAAUAGUGAUACUUCAUAUUAGUAUUAUUUAAACAGAAGUAAAAAGUGUGGCAUAGUAAAACUACUCCUAAAAGUAAUUGUUUUCCAAAAAGUUACUCAAGUGAGCAUAACUAGUUCUUACCCACCUCUGUGGAUUGCUUGAUUUACUUUGACGUGGGAUUUCCUCUCCUGCUAAAUAUAUAGACUCAGAUUUCCAUCAUUGUUAAUAUUAUAUUAUCUGAGAUGAUGCCAAGAUAAACUAAAGAUGGAUUUCUUUGAAAAAUCUUCAAACAUUCUAACCAGAGGAUGCAGUGAGUUUGAAGGCAUGUGUGGAUCGAGCAACUAUCUGGAAUAUUUCGCUUUUUAACUGCAGUCUUCUGCUUAGUCUUUUGAAGACCAAAAUACACAAAUCCAGCAUUUUAACAUGCUUAACAAGACAUGUGCUCAAUACCCACUGCCCAUAUAUUGACAUGUCUGUGUGUGAACAGUUAUGUAAGAUGUUACACCUUUAGAAAGUUUAUUAUAAUUUUAGAUCCUUUUUCUGGAUUGUUUUUUUUUUACUUUACUGAUGCCACUGCUUUAGAUUAAUCAAUGUGGAAAUAUACAUUUUAACCUCAGGCUCUCAAAAACAAAAAGUUUCUUCGUAAUGCAUUUCUGUCUGUUUAAAAUAACAACAUUUGCUCUAGUUGUACGUGAAAUGCUUCACUAAACGUUUAAAACUCUUUGGCCGAAAUUUUGUUUUUCUACUGAGCUAUACUGGUGACAAAGCUAAUGCUUGUCUAAAAAUAAGUCUGUCCAAUAAGCACCAAAAAAGGAAGAAAAAAAGGAAAAAAAUAAAUAUUGUAUUUGUGUCUUGUUAUUGUGUGUUUGUUUUUGAUACUGCUUUCCACGGACAAUCAAACUGUAGCAUAGAAUUAGUAUAUUAAUAACAACGAAAGAUUUCUUAUGGCUAAUAAAAUCUGUGUUUUUUUUUAAAUAAGUCAAUGUGUUCUUUUGUAUAAUAAUUUCACUAAAUGAAAUUUUGUGCAGCAUUUUGUUAAUGUAAAUUGUUAAAUUUGUGUCUGAAUAAAGACUUCUCCAUAACUCCUGUUAGAAAUGUUUUUAGUGGUCAAUGAAGGAUUUAUGUCCGUAUGUAUUAAAUAUAUCAUAUAUACAUCAUACUUUCCCUAAAAUACACAUAAUUUUACUUGAAGAGAUACAUGGUGUUAUUUUUGGUACAUUACCACUAGAGGUCAGUAAUGAGCUACUGAAGAUCUCUAUGUCAGUGGUUCUCAAAACAUUUAAAAUAAGCAGCACAUUAGGAAGUACAACGUUUUGAAAUUACGACUGUUGCCCUAAAAUCCAAUAUGGCUGCCUUGCAUGUAAAAUCUCAUGACAAUUGCAACACAAAAAAAGGUUACUCUGCAUUUCUGAACGGUCCUUUUGUGAACAUGUCUGUUGUAAAAAUAAUUUUCUUAAAGUGUCUUGAGACAACGUGUUGUGAAUCAGCACUACCUAAAUAAACUAAACUAAAUUUAUUUUUUAACAUUAACCAGGACAUCCCUUUCCAGUAUUGACGUUCUAGACAACACUCCAAAAUAAUCAAAUAAAGACAAAGUAUUCACUUGUUUAUGUUUUAAGGGUUUACAUAAAUUGACACGAAGAACAUCUGCUCUGAUCCAGAGCAGAUCAACAUCCUGUAGUGAAGGUUUUCCUCCUGAUUUCAUAAAAAAAAA